AUGUCAUUUUUCACCAUGGUUAAUACAGUUUCAGAACAGAUGCAUGUCGACACCGACAUCAUCACCUUGACAAGAUUCAUCCUUCAAGAGCAACAAUCUAGAGCUCCAAAGGCUACCGGAGAAUUGUCGCUUUUGUUGAAUUCGUUACAAUUUGCUUUUAAAUUUAUUGCCCAUAACAUCCGUCGAGCCGAAUUGGUUAAUCUUAUAGGUAUCAGCGGCAGUGCUAAUUCUACUGGUGAUGUGCAAAAGAAAUUGGAUGUGAUUGGUGAUGAAAUUUUCAUCAAUGCAAUGAAGAGUUCUAACAACGUCAAGGUGUUGGUCAGUGAAGAACAAGAAGAUUUGAUUGUUUUUGAAGGUGGAGGCCGUUACGCGGUGUGUACUGACCCCAUUGAUGGUUCAUCCAAUAUUGACGCUGGUGUUUCCGUAGGAACAAUUUUCGGAGUUUACCGGUUGAAAGACGAUUCUCAAGGUUCCAUCAAGGAUGUGUUGCGUCCAGGAACCGAGAUGGUUGCUGCUGGCUACACCAUGUAUGGUGCAUCUGCUCAUUUGAUGUUGACCACCGGAAAUGGAGUCAAUGGCUUUACUUUGGAUACCCAAUUGGGAGAGUUCAUUUUGACUCUGCCUAAUUUGACCAUCCCCAAGUCUCGUGCCAUCUACUCCGUCAAUGAGGGUAACUCUUACUACUGGCCCGAGUACGUCAAGAAGUACUUGGAGGAUUUGAAAAAACCACAGGAAAAUGGUAAGCCUUAUAGUGCUCGUUACAUUGGAAGUAUGGUGGCUGAUAUUCACAGAACAUUGCUUUACGGAGGUAUCUUUGCAUACCCAGCCGACUCAAAGCUGAAAAAUGGAAAAUUGAGAGUGUUGUACGAAUGUUUCCCUAUGGCCAUGUUAAUGGAGCAGGCUGGUGGAUCUGCUGUGAACGACCGUGGUGAAAGAAUUUUGGAAAUUGAACCUAAAGGAAUCCACGAUAAGAGUGGAAUCUGGUUGGGAUCCGAGAAGGAGAUUGAGAGAUUCUUGUCGUACAUGAAGAACUAG